ACUAGGAUCGUUUACAUACAAUUCAAUAUAAAUUCCAUGCCUCAAAACUGAAAACUAGUAGCUAAGCCAAAACCGCACCCAACUACCACCUAUAAAUUUAGCUUCAUUUCGAUUUCGCUUUGUUAUCUACAGCUUAAGGCUAAGCAAUUUCUGAGAGCUUGUGUAGUUUUAGUUGUUUUGUUAGUUGUAGAUAAAAGGCUUGAAAGGAGAGAAGAUGAAGGGAGAAAGUAAGAUCGUGGUGGCUGUGGAUGAGAGUGAGGAGAGCAUGUACGCACUCUCAUGGUGUCUAAGCAAUCUUCUUUCUCGAAACGCCGCCGCCGCCGCCGCCGCCGCCGCCAACAACACCACUCUUGUCCUUCUCUAUGUGAAACCACCACUUCCUGUCUACUCCUCUUUUGAUGCUGCAGGAUACUUGUUUUCUGGAGAUGUCAUUGGAUCGAUGGAGAAAUACUGCGAUGACAUGGUACAUUCUGUGAUGGAAAGAGCCGAAGCUGUCUUUAGAAACUUCGGUACCAAUAUGAACAUUGAGAAAAAAGUUGGUAGUGGAGAUGCCAAGGAUGUGAUUUGUCACACGGUUGACAAGCUUAAUGCUGAUACCUUGGUCAUGGGAAGCCAUGGUUAUGGUUUCUUGAAGAGGACUCUUCUUGGAAGCGUGAGUGACUACUGUGCCAAGCACGUCAAGUGUCCGGUGGUGAUUGUGAAGCAUCCCAAGCACAACUGAGAUUAAUGGUUCUUAAUGAGUGGAGUGGAGGUCAUGGUUACCUAUUAGGUUAUCUUUUAUAAUCAAAGUUCAUGACUUGCUAGGGAGAAGAAGAUGAAAGAGUAAAUAUGAAUUUUGAUUCUGGAAUUUUCGUGUAAAUAUUAGAUAUUUCAAUUCAAAUUUAGACAAUUAUUUGGUUAGUAUGAUAAAUUACUUAUUGUACUUAUGAAAUGUCGUCUCUUUAUCAAGUUUUGU